AUGUCGACACCACUUGGGCUAGAUGACUGGUCAACGCAAAAAGAGGCAGUGUCCAUACCUAUCGAGCUCGCUGAGCAGACGUCCGGUCUUUUGAUUCCCGAGUCUCAUCCUCGAGAACUGCCAAAUGCUCCAAGUGCUUCAACCCAGGAAACCCAGGAAACCUUCGCAAACUCAGAACACGAUGGCGAAUUCCAACGACGACCGGAGCAGACAAUACUCGUGGGGCCACGAGAAGAUAGGAAGGUGAGAAGAAUGCUCAAAGGUAUCCAUCUAUUCAUGAUCACAAUCAACGCGACGCUUGGAAUCGGUCUCUACUGGCGAGGUGGGCAGAUUCUCGAGCUUGGGGGUCCUCUCGCGGUUGUCUUGUCAUACUUUCUUGUUGGUUGCUUGGUAUGGUCUGUCAUGCAAGGCAUAACCGAGAUGUUGUGCAUAUGGCCGAUUCCCGGCGCUCUUUCGGUGUACGUCAGCAAAUUUGUUGAUGAGGAAUUGGGCAUUGCCGUUGGGAUCGCAUACUGGUUUACAUACUCUAUGUCCUUUUCCACCCUCCUUGCAACUUUAGCGGCCGAACUCGACUAUUGGCAUGUCUUUAGCAGUCGCGGUGUGCAUGCGGGGCUCGUUUUCACAGCAGUUCCUGUAGCAUUGGUCACUGUCAAUAUGCUCAAGAUCGAGUUUUAUGGUCUUCUGGAAGUUAUCACGGGUUCCUUGAAGCUUUUGUUCCUUCUAGUAAUUUUUAUUUUUUUGAUUAUCAUCAACAGGGAAGCUAAAACGGAUACUGGAGCCGCACUUGGUGUUGAAUAUUGGUCCCGGCCGAUACAUUACGAUGCCACUGUCGCAAAAAACUGGCCAAUCGCAUUGUUCAUGUGCAUAUCAACGGCAGUUUUCUCAUUCGUUGGAGUCGAAGUUGUGGCCGCGUCUGCCUUGGAAGCAAAAUGGCCUCAGCACGACAAAGAUGGUAAAAACACCAAUAACCUCCUGGUCGGAAGUGGUGUCAAGUUUUCCGCCAUCUACAUUUCCGUUCUUGCAACAAUUGCAUACACCGUGAGCGGAUUUCUCGUGAGUAUCAAUAUUGAAGCUGCCGAUUGCAAGCUGCCUCGGGUGACCUGGGAUGACCACUAUACUGGUUGCUCAGAUCCCGGGAGUAAUUCUGCCUUUGUUAUGAUCGCUGCAGGGACUAGCAUCAAACACCUAUCGACUCUUUUUAAUUUUUUCCUUGUUUUCACCUGUAUAACUUGCGCGGGCACUAAUCUCUACAUCUCUUCGCGGGCAUUAUUUGGCCUCACCAGCCAAUUAAAGGGGGGAAAGGGCCAGAAAUGGCAUUUACGUGCCUUGGCAAUGCUCGGGAAGACCGAUCAUCGGAAAGUUCCCAGGCGAGCCAUCAUUUUUUCCGCGGUGGCGUUUUGUUGGGUGCCAUUUUUGCAGCUUAUUAAAGGAAGUCAAGCCCAGUCUUCUAUUCUCAAGUUUAUUGAAGUAUUGAGUGAGAUGGCAUCCGUCGGUCUAUUGAUUGUUUGGGGAUGUGUAUCUCUCGCAUUUAUCCGAUACCAUGGCUGUACCAAAACCAUCAUCAAGCAUCAAGAGUACCUUGACCAAGAGGAUGUAGCUCAAGUUGAGCGCAAUAGUCGCAAUUAUCCAUACCGCAGCCACAAUCAGCCACUAUUAGCCUGGGCAGCCUUUAUUGGCUGCUGUACUGUCCUCAUGGUGAUGAAUAUGGCGUCACUUUGGGGUGAAUUCUAUUUACUGCCCUUUCUAUCGUCCUAUUUAACAGUCCUGGUCUUUUUUGGGUUGUGGAUCUUGCUCAAGGUGCUUUCCGGGGGGAAAUGGUCCUUUGUUGACUUGUCACGUCCCCGAAGAGUGGCUGCGAUCUUACGGGACUUGCAUGAGAUGCGAGCAGCAACAAUGACUGACAAGACACCAGAGGACGAGCGAGGGGACACUCCCAGGUAG